AUGGCAGUAGCAAUGGACAGCAGCAGUUUUAUUCAGUUUGACGUGCCCGAGUACAGCAGCACCGUUCUGAGCCAGCUAAACGAACUCCGCCUCCAAGGGAAACUAUGCGACAUCAUCGUCCACAUUCAGGGUCAGCCAUUCCGAGCCCACAAAGCAGUCCUUGCUGCCAGCUCCCCAUAUUUCCGGGACCAUUCAGCACUAAGUACCAUGAGUGGCUUGUCGAUAUCAGUGAUUAAAAAUCCCAAUGUGUUUGAACAGUUGCUUUCAUUUUGUUACACUGGAAGAAUGUCCCUGCAGCUGAAGGAUGUUGUCAGUUUUCUGACGGCAGCUAGCUUUCUCCAGAUGCAGUGUGUCAUCGACAAGUGCACGCAGAUCCUAGAGAGCAUCCAUUCAAAGAUCAGCGUUGGCGAUGUUGACUCUGUUACCGUUGGUGCUGAAGAGACUCCCGAGAGUCAGAAUGGAGUUAAAGACGGCGGCUUCUUUGCCAACCCAGUCGAGAUCUCGCCGCCGUAUUGCUCUCAGGGACGGCAGCCCACCACAAGCAGUGACCUUCGGAUGGAGACGACGCCCAGCAAAGCUUUGCGCAGCCGCCUGCAGGAGGAAGGGCACUCAGACCGAGGGAGCAGCGGGAGCGUUUCUGAAUACGAGAUCCAAAUCGAGGGGGACCAUGACCAAGGGGACCUGCUGGUGAGGGAGAGCCAGAUCGCCGAGGUGAAGGUGAAGAUGGAGAAGUCAGACCGGCCCAGCUGUUCCGACAGCUCCUCUCUGGGAGACGAUGGCUACCACACGGAGAUGGUGGAUGGGGAACAGGUUGUGACAGUGAAUGUGGGUUCCUAUAGCUCUGUGCUCCAACACGCAUAUUCCUUCUCCCAGGCAGCCUCUCAGCCAACCAGCGUAACAGAGGCUUUUGGAAGUUUGAGUAAUUCCAGCCCAUCCAGGUCCAUGCUGAGCUGUUUCCGAGGAGGGCGUGCCCGCCAGAAACGGGCUUUGUCUGUCCACCUGCACAGUGAUCUGCAGGGCUUGGUGCAGGGGUCAGACAGCGAAGCUGUGAUGAACAACCCUGGGUAUGAGAGCAGUCCCCGGGAGAGGAGUGUAAGAGGUCACUGGUACCCCUACAACGAGCGGCUGAUCUGCAUUUACUGUGGAAAGUCCUUCAACCAGAAAGGAAGCCUUGACAGGCAUAUGCGACUCCACAUGGGGAUCACCCCCUUUGUGUGCAAGUUCUGCGGGAAGAAGUACACGCGAAAGGACCAACUGGAGUACCACAUCCGGGGCCACACCGAUGAUAAACCAUUCCGCUGCGAGAUCUGCGGGAAGUGCUUUCCGUUCCAAGGAACCCUCAACCAGCACCUGCGGAAAAACCACCCGGGGGUAGCUGAAGUCAGGAGUCGCAUUGAGUCCCCUGAGAGAACAGAUGUGUACGGGGACCAGAAACUAGAAAAUGACCCAUCCGCCUCCGAGAUGGCCCUAGACUCUCGGAUGGAAAUUCACACGGUGUCCGAUGCUCCUGAUUAA